GGAGCAUGUUCUCCCACGGGAAACUGGAGACACGGGGAACCAUUGGGGAGAAAGCGGUGGGAGGACGAUUAUUUCCCCAAUUAUGCGUAGUUCCGAGAGAAUUGAUAGUUCUGGGACUUUUUCUAUAUCUAUUUUUGUCCGAGAUGUCGUGAUAGAUGGAAUUAUUGCUAUCCACUCUCGGAUUUACUUGGACGAAAUGAGCGUAAUACUGUAACUGUUAUCGGUAGGUUAAGGGUUAAGGUGGAGGAGUUGGGGCGAAAUGGAGGGGAUGCGAUGGAAGGUUCGCUCGGGGCGGCCGUUGGGUUGUCCUGUUUCUCCUUUCUCCAACUGUGGCCAAGGAGCUGCGCAGUAGGCAUAGAUAGAUAGGGUUCGGCAAAGGUGUUAGAUUGGUUCUUCUUGCACUGCUUUCUGACUACAUAAUACGGUAACUUGGGCUGGUGGUGGUGGUGCAAAAAAAUAGGGUGCCAUUCCUAUUCCUAUUCCUAUUCCUAUUCCGACCUCCCCACCACUGGGAAAUGGAGUGAAUCUCGCACAUCCCUUCAGGUGCCCCAGGACUUACGAGUACAGUACGCCGCAGUUCCUUCUAUUGUCAGUCCCUCGCCCAGCGUAGACUACCGUACCGCUUGCCCGCUCGUUGGCUUCCUCUCGUCCUCCCUCCACUAAACUUUUCACGCCUGCGCCAUCUCCACCACCCCUCCUCACUUCUCCCCGCUUACAUCCUCCCCGAUCCCCUCUCUGCCCCUGUAUAAAGGCCUUCGACAUUCCACCCCUCAAAGCCUCUUAGAUCUGCAUCACUCGCUAGACGGUCAUCAUUGGAGCACUCGAGAGGCUUCCUGGACUUCUGCCGCGGACAUACGAAUACACCUCUCGACUUGACCCAUAUCUCUCUGUCUUCUUUUUCACCGGACACUUCGAGAUCUCUACUUCCCUGUGAGCUCUGAUCCAGCAUGUCUGGCUACAACCAAUACCCAGGAUAUAAUCCUUAUCCUGGUCAACCGUAUGGAGAGUACGUUGCCUCAAUCUGAAGCCUCGUGGCCUUUCGAACGGCGUUUGCUGAUGCCCUUCUUUUUUGCACUUGGAAAUAGCCAGCAGCAGCAGCAGCCAUACUAUCCACCGCCCUCCCCUCAACCUCCAGCGGGUUACUAUCAACAGCCGCCGCCACAGCAGGGUUACGGAUACCCUCCCCAGCCACAGGUAAGCCCACCCAGAUAUUUUGUUUCUUGCUCCUUGUCAUGGAAUAUAUGACUGACAUGUUGAAAAGCAACCACAAUGGGCUCCGCAGGCUACUCCGCAAUACCAGGGUGCUAUACCACCCCAAGGAAAUCGUUUGUCCCCCCUGAUAUAUAUCCGACAGAAGGGUUCGUCCUCCUACAACAGUACUAACAGCGUUUCAAUCUUCCCAGAUAUGCCAACCGGGCAGUAUAUGUACAACCAUCCACCGCCGGCAGGAGCCCCGAACCUCCCUCCCCAAGGUGUGCAGUCGUUUCAUGUGCCUGGAGCUCCUCAGAUCGGCUAUGCAUUCAGCAACUGCACCGGGAAGCGUAAGGCACUUUUGAUCGGCAUCAACUAUUUUGGUCAACGAGGGCAAUUGAGGGGAUGCAUCAACGAUGUGAAGAACAUGUCAGCGUUUCUACACGACCGGUUCAGCUACAAGCGUGAGGAUAUGGUAGUCUUGACCGACGAUCAACAGAACCCCCGAAGUCAGCCCACGAAGCAGAACAUUAUGCAGGCUAUGCAUUGGCUGGUCAAAGAUGCGGCACCCAAUGAUUCGUUAUUUUUCCACUACUCAGGUAUAUCUUGCAGUGCAAUAAUAAAGUCUAUCAAUUGCUAACCCUCGAAUCAGGCCAUGGUGGGCAAACCAAAGAUCUUGAUGGUGAUGAGGGAGAUGGUUGGUAACGCUGGGGAAAAAAAGCCCCACGCCUUGGCGGGGACGUAGGCUAACAUUUCUUAGGAUAUGAUGAAACCAUCUUUCCGGUAGACUUCAGGUACAAUGGCCAUAUUGUUGAUGACGAUAUGCAUAGAAUUAUGUAAGAAAGCUUCCCGGUAUUGUCAAAACCAUUAUUGACAACAUGCAGGGUUGCUCCUCUCAAGCCUGGCGUUCGAUUGACUGCAAUCUUCGAUUCCUGCCACUCCGGUUCUGCAUUAGAUCUUCCAUACCUCUACUCCACCCGUGGUGUCGAGAAGGAGCCCAACAUUGCGAAGGAGGCUGCUUCUGGUCUUUUCGAUGCUAUGAGCGCCUACUCGAGGGGAGAUCUCGGAGGUGUUGCACAGUCGGCCAUGGGAAUCUUCAAGAGGGCUACCACGGGAAGAGGGGCCGAGGAAAGGGCAAAGAGGACCAAGACAUCUGCUGCAGAUGUCAUUCAGUGGUCAGGUUCGAAGGACAGUCAGACAUCGUACGAGCCUCUUUAUGUUUCACAUGAAAUCAUCGAUUCCUUGAGACGUCUAACGUAGGGAAAAUUGUAGUGCCGAUGCUACUGAAGGCGGAGAAGCUACUGGUGCCAUGAGUUACGCAUUCAUCAGAGCUCUCAGCAAGAACUCGCAACAAUCUUACCAGCAACUUCUCAACAGUAUUCGAGAAGAACUUCAGGGGAAAUACUCCCAAAAACCCCAGCUUAGCUGCAGCCAUCCACUAGGUACAGACGGUCACCCCCUUGAUUCUUCGCAGAUGGAAUUUAAGUUUUAAGAUUUCAACUUCCCCUUUUCAUCUCCUCAUGUCUUCUUACAUACACAUCUUCAUGAUUAUCAAUACCCAGCACUGCUUUGUAUUUUUAGGAUUUCCGUUCUUUCUUUCUUUUUAUCUUUCCUUCUUCUACCUUUCUCAGAACCUCCUUGUACUUGUCACAUUUGUUUUUAUUUU